AACAAGCAUUUAACAAACUAGCUUUGCGUUGUCCAAUGACUUGUGGAUUUUCCUAAAUUACCCUGGGAACAAGACAGAAGAGAACAGGUGUAGGUAAUGAGCAGGAAUCAAUAAAACCACCCGAGCUGCUGCUACUGAAGCUUGAGGAUCUGAGGAGUCGAGUUCUGAUUUGAAGUGUGGAGAGCAUUCCAAUCUUUGAAACCCUCCACAUUAUCACCUUCACCACUACACAAAAUCCAAGCCACGAUGAUGCAACUCAACAGCGACUCAUGCAACAAGCACUCACUCAUUAAUGUCAUGCACCGUUUCAUCGCUGCUGCCAACAACAUGGACGAGACCAUCAUGGUUCCCAGUCUUCUGAGGGACCUGCCCUUGGAAGAGGUGGAGGCCAACAACAACAACAAGCAGAGGGACAUGUACGAACACUACCAGCUCCUGAAGUCCAUCAAGAAUGACAUGGAGUGGGGUCUCCUGAAGAGGGAGAUGAACAGCGGUGGCUUCCUGGAGAUGACGGUGAAGCAAGAAGAGCAGCAGGUCCAGGAACAGGUGCUCCCCGACAGCAGCUCAGACCUUGAGCACCAGUUCCACUUCCACCUCAGAGGACUGUUUGGAGUUCUGUCCAAGCUGACCAUGCAGGCAGACGACCUGACCAACAGGUAUAAGAGGGAGAUAGGAGGAGGGACCUUCAUCAGAUAGAACUGUCCGUCUCCCCUUUUGUUGUCUCCCCCCCUCCCCCUGCUCUGACUUGCCUGACUUGAAAAAGAUGGGAUUUGUUGGAAGGGUCCUGUCUCUUCUGGAAGACGAUGUGAACGGUGACCUGACCAGGGCACGGUCUCAGAUAUUUUUUUUAUUUUUAUUUUUUAAGUCCUUUGAAGAAGCACUCCAAACUGUCGUUCGUCCUGAUGAAAACUUCUCUGAAGCCAGUGAUGCCUGCACUAAUCUGAGCCUGGGGGUUUCUGUGCACAGAUCGUUGUGUUGGUGGAGGUUUAACCAAGCCUGGAUCCAGGUCUGACUCUAUUUUUCAGGUUGUCAGUAGAGGUUAAUUUGUGUGGUUGUGUAGGUUAAGUGUGGGUGUCGUUGAAUGUAGGUUGUUCAUCACUAUUUUUAUUAUUAUUAUUCUUAUUAAGCCCUUUUCACUUUAUACCAGCACAGUUUUUUUUUAUUAUUAAUGGUGCCUUGACUUUCUCUCCUUGUUCUGUACUCCAGACCCUGUUCAGUCACCUUCACAUUGUCUUCACGCUGUAACUGUUCUUCAGGAUGUUUGUAAUGUUUGUAUUGAAAACACAUCAUUUUCAUUACAAACAAUUUUUUUUUUUUUUCUUCAUUAACUGUCACGAUAUUUCAUCACCAGUUUUAUACUGAUGCAGAAAUGCAGUAGAAGUGAAAUAAAUAAUUCCAAAAUUAAUA